GGGAGCUGGUUGUUUUUGAUUUUGGUGUCUUCGUACUGUGAUUGGUCAUAAUCUCGGUAGGAGUUGUGGAUUGGCUUCAUAACUGAAGAGAGUCACUCAUCCCGAAAAUCUACAUAUUUGGAACUACUUGUAUUCCCAGUAACUUCUCUGAUGGUUUUAGCUCAGCGUCAGAAAGAGGAGCUCAACAGAGCUAUUGCCGAUUAUUUAUUUGCUAAUGGAUACGUCAAAGCUCUGAAUGCCUUCAGAGAAGAGUCACAACUGGUAAUUUCAACAAUAUACCCUUAAUGAUUUGUAGGCAGGGGAAAAUGACCGAAAAUAUGAUGGCCUACUAGAGAAAAAGUGGACUUCCGUCAUUAGACUUCAAAAAAAGGUCAUGGAUUUAGAAGCUAAGCUUAACGAGGCUGAGAAGGAGUUUCAGUCCAUGCAAAAUGCCGUUGGUUUCGGUAUAGCAGGUGCUGCACCUGGAAGUGGUCUUUCAGACAGGGGUGAUCGACGUGAUGUUGAUGCUAUUCCGAGACCUCCAGCCAAGUUUACACUUACAGGUCAUCGUUCUCCGAUAACUCGUGUACUCUUUCAUCCACACUACAAUGUUUUUGUAUCAGCAAGUGAAGAUGCCUCAAUCAAAGUUUGGGAUUAUGAGACUGGAGAGUUUGAGCAUACCUUAAAAGGCCAUACAGAUUCUGUUCAAGACGUAGCUUUUGAUCCGUCAGGAAAGUUUUUGGCUUCAUGCUCCGCCGACAUGCAAGUUAAAUUAUGGGAUUUUACAAUCUAUCAGUGCAUCAAAACUCUGACUGGUCAUGAUCAUAAUGUAUCCAGUGUAGCGUUUCUACCUUCUGGCGACUUCUUAGUCAGUGCAAGUAGAGAUAAAACGAUUAAAAUGUGGGAAGUAUCUACAGGAUAUUGUACGAAGACUUUCAUCGGUCAUACCGAGUGGAUUCGAUCAGUUCGUCCAAGUCCAGAGGGGAAUCUAUUAGCCAGCUGUUCCAAUGAUCAUACUAUUCGAAUCUGGUCUGUAGAAUCGCGCGAAUGUCAAGUUGUACUGCGUGGUCAUGAACACGUAGUUGAAUGCAUUACUUGGGCUUCUCAUCCACAAAGUAUAUUAGCAAUAACUAGUUCUGCGUCCGAAGGUGGCGAUUCUACUAAUUUUACUAAUGAUGGAUUCAUCAACGCCACAACCAAUGGAAUUCCUGUAGAUUUAAAUUCUUUACCUUCUAGUAUGAAUUCAUCUUUGUUACUUGUAUCUGGUUCACGCGAUAGGACUAUUCGUUUUUGGGAUGUAAAUAUUGGUAUUUGCUUGUUUGUUCUUAUCGGUCAUGAUAAUUGGGUUAGACAACUUGUAUUUCACCCUCACGGUAGACUUUUAUUGUCUGCCUCUGACGACAAAACAAUUCGAGUUUGGGAUUUGAAAAAUCGGCGAUGUCACAAAACAUUAAAUGCCCAUUCACAUUUCGUUACCUCUUUAGAUGUUAACCGUUUAGCUCCCUAUGCUGUAACGGGUAGUGUCGAUCAAACAAUUCAUAUAUGGGAUUGUCGAUAAACAAUCAUUACUAUGAUAUGCAUUAAUUUUUUUGUAUUCAUUGAAAUAGGCAAAACACGAAGUGCGUAAUGUUGAUCUACUUAUAUGUAUGUGUUCUUGUGGUUUAUUGGGUUCUUGAAUUUUUCAAUUGACGUCCUAAUCUAUGGAAAUUCACCUCUUUUAAGCGAACGCAGAAGUUGAUUUGUAUUUAGGAUUUAUAUCUCCACACUAACACAUUAUUAUUAUCCUCAGUCAACUAUAACUCAGAAUCUCAUCCAAAUAUGUUUUGUGUUCAGCUCACGCUUCUGUCACUAUCAAUAUACAUAGAUAUGAUAAAGUACAUUCAUUUUUACAACCAAAUUAUGGCUGACCGGUUGUUUUUUUGUUAUGAUUAUUAUUUUUGUUUUCCCUCACGUCCAUUUUCAGAUUUAAAACAAAAAAAACAUUUUAAAUUCUUUUGUACAUGUAUUUGAUCAGUUUUGCAUCUUUUAUUUCCUUAUGUAUACUUCAGUUGUUUUUCUGUUCAUCCUUAUAUUAUUGUGUGUUAAAUUGUUAAUGUUUUAUGCGCUCUUUUGGUUCAGUUGGAUUUCAUCAUCGUCAUGCUAUUGCUACUACAAGAGUAUAAUCUGUCACAACUGCCGACUUAACAAUAAGACCUGUUGUUAUAUCCGAUUACACUGCCUUCCAGUGUCAGACCUAAAACACAUUUAGACUGAAAGGAAAAAUUCUAUGUGAUAUGUUAAUCUGUUUUAAGUUUAAAUAAUUUUCUCGCUUAUAUUUACAGUGAAUCAGUCUGGAAAAUUUUUAAAUUCUAUUUUACCUAAUAAUGUUUCAAAUCACAUAUAUAUUAGACAUUUGCCUAUUUAGCUUGUGGGAGGUAUUUUUCCGAUGCAAAUGACAUAUACUACUGACUAUAUUCCUCAUUUCCUUGCUUUUUUGUGUUAUUGUGUAUAGCUAAAACUGUAUCAUCAGGCGCUUUUAGAUGUCUUCCCAGAUCAUUGGUUUAAAGAGGUACUGAUAUUUAACCUGAAAAUCUAUUUAGUUCUGUAAUCUUAUAAUUUCACUGAAGAUUCGAUGUGUCAAUAAAAUUUCCAUU